GGACAAAUUAUAUUAUGAACCCUAUUUUUUUCCGAGUCUGCCGCCUCCGCUCGCUUAAACCUUCAACAUUUUUUUUUUUUUUUCCUCACUGGUCAAACAAGUUGUCUAUUAUUCCUUUUACUCAUUUUCUCACUUUUCAAUCAACCUUUUUCAGUAAAAGAGCCUCUCGCCUGUCGCCUGGAAAGUAUACAGACUAAAAACCCAAAGUUGAAUGCAACCCUUUGAACCUCGCAAAGACACCUAUUUUUCAUACUUCGACUUCGUCUCCAAGGGUUUAACUUCUUUAGCCUUUUUGAUUUGCUUGCAUUGAUUUUUUUUUUUCUUUUCCUUUUUUUAUUUUUUUAUUUUUUCCCCCUUAUUGGUGUGAUAGUUUCGUAUUAAUUUGUCGACUUUGCUUGAUCUCUACAUUCAUUCGGUGAAAAAAAUUUGACAUUUUUUUGGAGGCAAAUGGCGGGUUGUUCAUCGAGCUUUGGAUUUUCAAAUGUUGGGAUUUUUCGAAACGAGGUAAUUUCAAAGAAGAACUUGUUAUUUGAUAGUGUUGGGUAUGGAAAUAAUGUAAAGGAGGCAUCUUUGCCACUAUUUCGUGGGAAAAUUAGCUUUAGACAUGUCUCUAUUAGCAGCAAACAGAGUAGUAUGGUGGUAAUGAGAAAUUCCCAAAUUGGUAGUGGUGGUGGUGGUGAUGGUAAUGGUAAUGGUGGCUAUGGGAAACCACCAAAUGGUGGUGGUGGUGGGGGUGGAAAUGGUGGUGGCGAUGAAAAUGGGAAUGAAAAUGAAGAAGAUGAAUAUGGGCCACUUUUGAAUUAUGAAGAGGUUAUGAGGGAGACAACAGCACGAGGGGCCAGUCUUCCCUCUGAUAUGUUAGAUGCGGCUAAGAGUGUCGGAAUUCGUAAAUUGCUUCUUCUCAGAUACUUGGAUUUGCUGGGGGCGCCUUGGCCUUUAGGCUUUGGAAUGAAGUCGUGCUCUAUGCUCCGCAACCGAAUGUUGGCUGAUCCAUCCUUUCUUUUCAAAAUUGGAACAGAGAUAGUCAUUGAUUCAGUAUGUGCUACAUUGGCGGAAGUUCAACAGAGGGGGAAAGAUUUCUGGGCAGAAUUUGAGUUGUAUGCUGCAGAUCUUUUGGUUGGGGUGGCUGUUAAUGUUGCUUUGGUUGGUAUGUUGGCACCUUAUGCUCGGAUUGGGAAACCAGCUUUAUCAAAUGGGCUACUUGGACGAAUACAGCAUGCUUGUGGAGCUCUUCCUAGCAGUGUUUUUGAAGCCGAAGGUUCAGGAUAUAAAUUUUCUAUACAACAGCGAAUUGCAACAUAUUUUUAUAAGGGUGUCUUAUACGGAUCAGUUGGCUUUGCAUGUGGAAUUAUCGGCCAAGGCAUCACAAACUUAAUAAUGAUUGCCAAGCGGAGGAUAAGGAAAUCAGAAGACGAUAUACCUGUGCCACCCCUAGUGAAGAGUGCAGUACUAUGGGGUGUUUUCCUUGGAGUGUCUUCCAACACCAGGUACCAGAUUAUCAAUGGACUGGAACGCUUGGUUGAAGGGUCACCAUUGGCGAAACAAUAUCCACCUGUAGCUUAUGCUUUCACCAUUGGUGUGCGAUUCUCUAACAAUGUUUUCGGUGGUAUGCAGUUUGUGGAUUGGGCUAAACGGAGUGGUUGUCAAUAACUAUGUGUUUACCUCCUUAUAUAAUUGAGAGGUGCUCUAGUUUAGCCAUAGAAAUGGAGUGUUAGUCAUCCAUGGAAACUUCAAGUGAUGUUUCGUGUUUAUGUGUUUUGGAUUUUUUGCUUGUAAGAUUUACAAGCAGUGAAUAACCAAGUAUCUCGUCCUUUUAUUGGGGAAAAGGUGUAUUAUGUUGCUAGGAUUAGAUCAUUAAUUGGAUAGUCUUCCACAUUAGUAUUGUACUCCUGAUUUCCUUGGCUCGCAUUAUUGAUCAUCUUUUGCCCUUUUCUUCA